CUUCAACUUCUUUUGCUCACACAGGGAGGAAGAGGGUUCCCAUGGCAUGGCGCCAUUUGCAGCGGUGGCUUGAGGCCAACCCGGUCGUGAAGCGAAGCGCCAUCAUUGCAGCGAAAGGCGUUGUCGGCGCCUCUGCUGGCGCCGUGGGCUUGGCGUUGGGCCUCCGAGAGGCGAAGAGAACGCUGCAAUACGAAACCCCUGUUGAUGUGUGGAGGGAGGCCUCUUUGGAUGUCAGAAGCUCGGGGGCAUCAAGUUCUGCAGCUUCGGCUUUGGCAUCUGUUCGCAGUGUAUGUGCACGAAACCAAAUCCAGGAAGAAGACUUUUGGGCUGCAGCCAAAAGGCUAAGACCUGUGGAGCAGCAGCUGGAGGAACUUCAUGCUUUGGGAUUGCCGAAGGACAAGCUCCAUGCCAGAGAGGAUGAAUUGGCAGCAAAGUGGAAGGAGAAAGGCUACUUUGACCCCAAGCGUCUUGCGAUCGAUCGAGCUACUCUCUUCGGUCGUCGACUGACCAGUGAUGCACAAGGAGUUGACAUUGGAUUGCUGGUUCCACCAUAUUUGCCACUCCAUGGAAAGACUACAGUGACUACAGGCUCUGUCGAUGCUCCUGCUACAUCACCAGUGAGUUGGAGCCAGGACAUGCUGCAGCAAAGUGAGAAGGCUUUGGACACAUGGGGCUUCGUGCUACUGCGUGGCUUAUUGACUCCGGAGGACGUGCAGUCGCUUCGCUGUGCGUUGGGCCUCGAUUGCAAAGACAAGAGGGCUCCGCCACGCCGGGCAGCUGAAGUUGGCCUUUGGCAGCAACAGCAAGAUCCGAACGUCUCCAUGGGUCGCUACACCUAUGGCCGGCUUCAUCUCCUGCUUCGAGGAUCACCUCAGUACGAGAUGGACGCCGUGUCACCUCAUGCUUCAGUGGCACCCUUGGUUCACAAGCACUUUGAGAUUCAGGACAUGGCUGGUAACCCCAUCUUCCUGUCAGAAGCACAGCUCGUCAUUGCAGAUCCGUGUGCCGAAACUCAACAAUGGCAUAUUGAGUCUGCUACUGGCAAAGGACUCUCCAUUUUUAUUCCCUUGGGAAACGUUGCGCUGGACCGGGGGCUGCAAGAGCUGUUGCCUGGCACGCAUGUUCUUCAUGAUCCUCGCCAUGGACUCCGCGACCGGUGGCGGCGAUGUCUUCGAAGCCUUUGUGCGACGCAUGGUGGUGUCUUAGCGAUGACCGACAACGUUUGGUCUGCUGGAGAUGCCCUGGUGCUGGAUUCCGGUACCUUGCAUAGAGGCUUGGCCAACGACAGCUUGGGGGCUCCAGUCCCAGUUCUUGUUUUGCGCUAUGACCCGAAGGAUCGGCCGGCACCAGGCUGUCGACGGUCUUGGCUGCUUACAAUGACGCGGAUGGGCCAAUGUUUAUCCAAUGUGUUCCAUCUCUACUCGUGGAUGUGAAUGCAAAAUGUGCGUCACGACUGCUGCUGGGCGAAUUGGUGCAAAUCCAAAUCCAUAGAGAUGGGGCCCGCACUGUCACUGUUUCUGUUUUUAAAU